AUGGGCAGACUGCAACCUUCACGAGACAGGAGCCUCAGACCUCAUCUCGGGGCCCCUCCCUCUGUGGACGGGAGAGUCUCGGGGGGCGGUGGCCUGGCCGCUCCGUCUGGGCGCAGGGAUGCUGAGGCGCUGCUGGUGCCCUUGGGGGUGGGGUCGUGGGCAGGACUGAACCACACGCGCUCUGGGACAGCCCCUGGGGGAGGUGGGACGGCACCGGAGCCCUGUCGCCGGGUCCCCGUCUGCCCCGAGCCGGGGUUCAGCGUCGUCCAUGAGGAGGACUUGGGCCGAAACUGCUGCCCAGCCCCCGACACCACCGGCUGGGCCCACUGCGAGGACAGGACACGUGAGCGCGAGUCCACCGAGCAGCCCCGGGACAACCACGCUUCCCGGUGCCCUGGAGCUCAGCGCCCUCGGUGUGGGCUGCCCACUGGAGUCCACCGGGUCUGGCGGGAGGAAUCCUCUGAAGGACGGACCGCGGGUUCUCUCCUCAUCCUGAAACUUUUAACGAAGAAUCACGAGCUCCGUUUCUUUGGUAACUGA